GGUAAUGAUUAUCAGCUGAAAAAAUAUUAUUGCUGGAGGAAAAACAGCAGCUUACAGAAGAUCUACUUAAUGACAAACGAUGGGACAUACAGAAAAUGGAUACCUUCAUACACGGGUUUAUAUUUUUUCUGUUAGUAAAGGCAGUAGCUAUGCCAUCGUCAAUAAUGUGUCCUUACCUGCCACUCUGGGAGGCCCGUUCUAAGACAUUGUGUGGGAACAACCCCUCUUAUUAUCACUGUCUUAAUGAUCAGGCAGGAAACCUUCGAGAAGCAUGUAUAAAACCUGUAUUUAUCAUCAGAGGGCAUUAUCCAGUCUUGUCUUUAGACUUGGACUUCAUCAAGCCUGUAAAAUGUCCACCAACUCAUUACCAACCAGAUGGACAAGACUCCAACAACUAUAGAAGUCAAACCUGUAUGUACCCAAAGUCACAGUGUGAUGAUGAUGGCGAAGAGACUUGUGAUGAAGGAAGUGAUGUCACUGACAGGAUGUGCCAAUGUGACCACACACGUGGAUACAGGUCAUUAGAAUAUCUAUUAGGAAACCCUAGAAACCAGUCCUGUUAUCACCCGAAAUCAGAAGAAAAAGGAUGUGCCAUGUACAACUGUCCCAAUGGAGAAGAGUUAAAUCCAGCAUAUUUUUGUGUAAAGAAAUGCCCAGAAGGAUAUCACAGACAAAAAUAUGAAUUUGUUUGCGUGAAAAUCAACCCUUUACCAUCACAAAGUCCUACAGUGAAAUUUACAAGUACAGUCAAGAUUCACACUACCUUGGUCAUCCCAAUUACAAAAGUUAAUGAAGGCAUGGAUUCAAUGCUUAAAAGUAAGUUCAGUUAUGUAUCUAUGCAUUAACAAAAACAUCUAAGCAGAUAAUAUU